AUGUCGUUAUACUACGAAGCCUCAGACAUCCUCGCAAAUGCGGAAGCCAAGGGGGGCUCCUUGAAGAAUCGGAUCUUCGGCAAAAAAGACUUGAAAAGUUCUCCCGGCGCCAUUUUUGCUCUGGUCGCAGAAACCACAAAAUGGAGUUCGGUGCUGAAAGAAGUUAUCGAGAAGGCUGACAUUCUGAAGCUGGAGAAAAAGCUGACUCCGACACUUGCAUUGCUCCUAGCCCACGAUCUGAUUCUAGCUAAGAAGGGUGUUGCUGCUCCCAAAUCACAUCCUCUAAACCUUGCCAUCUCUCGUCACAAGGCGAGACUAAAUGCCGAGUUUACGAAAUGCCGAAUCAAGGGUAGAUUCGCAACGCUCGACGCCUUCCGCAUCCAUAUCAAUGCCGCAGCAGCAGACGAAAGUGCGGAAGCAACCGCCAACGGAACCAAAGCUUUCCACCCUCGGUGGGUUCGUGUGAACGCCGUAAGGACAACCUUGGCGAAGGCGCAGAGCACUUUCUUCGCCGACUUUACUCAGGUCUCCACGCUCAAGGAACUCAGCACUACCCCGAAAGGUCUUUAUUUGGAUGAGCACAUCCCAGAUCUGGUCGCUAUCCAUCCCGGAAUCGAUCUUUCCAAGCAUGCUGCAUACCAUGCUGGUGAGAUCAUCUUCCAGGACAAGGCCUCAUGUUUCCCUGCCUAUCUUUUGGACCCAACGGCCAAGGAUGGACAAGUCAUAGACGCAUGCGCCGCGCCAGGUAACAAGACUACUCAUCUCGCUGCAAUCUUGUCAUCACAAAAGUCAUACGGUUUGAAGGCGUCGGUGACGGCCUGCGAGCGUAAUCCUAUCAGAGCCCAGACACUGGAGAAGAUGGUAAAACUGGCUGGUGCCGGCAAGAUCAUCAGCGUGAAGGCUUCCCAAGAUUUUACCAAAUUGGAUCCUCGCUCUCAAGAGUUCGUCGACGUCGGUGCCCUCCUUCUCGACCCUAGUUGUUCAGGAAGUGGUAUCAUUGGUCGCGACGACACUGCAGUAUUACACUUGCCAUCCUUGCCUUCAACGACUCCUGCGCCAUCUAGCAACUCGAGCAAGAAACGCAAGAGAAAGACCAGCGCAGUUGCCAAAAUUCCUGUUCCUGUUGCAGCCGAGACCAAGGACGAGUUGAGUGAAGAAACCCCACAAGCAGCCGACCUCGAAAACGAUGAAGAAAAGCUAAAGACAAGACUGGAAAAUCUCUCCGGUUUUCAACUUAAGAUUGUACUGCAUGCUUUCGCCUUCCCAGCCGCCACUAAAGUCACCUACUCCACAUGUUCAAUUCACGUCGAAGAGAACGAGAGCGUUGUUGUCAGAGCUCUGUCAUCCAGAAUCGCAAGAGAGCGUGGCUGGAAGAUCAUGAAGCGCGAGAAUCAAGUUGAUGGUAUGAAGAAAUGGGCAAGAAGAGGCGAUCCCGAGGCUUCAAAAGUAGCACUGAAAGGCAAGGAGUUUUUGGAAGAUCCGACUGUUUUGGCAGAUGCUUGUAUUCGAUGCGAGAGAGGUACUGAUGAAGGUACCAUGGGUUUCUUCGUUGCCGGCUUCGUCAGAGAUCCCGACGCGGAUGUCGUGCAACCGGUGGCACCGAAGAAGGAGGAAAGCGAGGGCGAAGAUGAGGAGUGGGGUGGGUUUGAUGAGUGA